AUGAACGUAGAGGACACGACGAAACGUCUUCAUUUUCUUUGGGGCGCUUCUCAUACUUUAUUGCCCACCGUCCCUAGUUUAUCAGCUUUUUAUAUGCAAAAAUUUACUCAGUGUGCAGCUGAAGAAGAUUUAAAUCUUGCAGAUGUUGUCAGGAGAAAAUAUUGUGCGCAUUGCGGAAGUAUUUUCGUCCCUGGGCUGAACACUCAGGUACGACUUAACGUAAAAAAGAAACGAAAAAGAAGGAAGAAAUCAGAAACAAAUAAGGAAGUAAUUUUUCAAGACGUUGAAGAACGUAACACACCUAAAACGAUUACUAUGAAAAAGAAACGGCGGAUAAUAUACUUUGAACCAUCAUUCUCUAGUAAUCAAACAAAUAGUACUACCAUAUUUCAGAGCGAUUCAAAACAUGCAAACCAUCAACGUCAAAAUCAUAAAAAUUUUUUAUCUUAUAUUUGUACUUUGUGUGAGACUGAGGCAAGAUUUGCUGGAAGUAGUGAUAUUAAAAAUAUCCUAUCCGCAGGUAAUCACAAUAAGCAAACGCAAGUUGUCAAUAUUACCACCACAACACCUACAUCUAUGACACAAACACUCGAAGUAUCUAGUAAAGGAUCAGUAUCGAUUCCAAACCAAAAUUCUGCUGAUAGCAAUAAGCCAAAGAAAAAAAAGCAAAAAACUCAGCUUCAACAAUUAUUAGCCGAGGAAAAAAGAAAGAAAGAUGGAACCAAAGGUUCAAUAAGUGGUUUAAAUCUGGAAGAUUUUUUGUCGUCAUUAUGA